UCGAAGGUCCUGGCAACUAGCAAUAUCGUUCCUGGGAGUUAAGAGUAUUUGGCAGUGAAAGAUGUCGGGUCGUGGCAAAGGAGGAAAGGGACUGGGAAAAGGAGGAGCCAAGAGGCACAGGAAAGUGCUGCGUGACAAUAUUCAGGGCAUCACGAAGCCGGCGAUUCGUCGUUUGGCCAGAAGAGGAGGCGUCAAGAGGAUUAGCGGCCUCAUCUACGAGGAAACUCGUGGUGUGUUGAAGAUUUUCCUCGAGAAUGUGAUUCGCGAUGCUGUUACUUACACUGAGCACGCUCGGAGAAAGACGGUCACCGCCAUGGAUGUCGUCUACGCACUUAAGAGGCAGGGCAGGACUCUCUAUGGUUUCGGUGGUUGAUUUCCCUUUUGCUUAGGGUUUUCUAGUGUAUUAUUUGCUAGCAUUGUAAAUCAUGUCUGAAUUGGGUAUUGUUCGCUAUUUGGAUAUCUGCUAUGGAUUUGUUGAACUCUAAUCAACAAUACCUAUUGGAAAUUUGCUUUUAAUUCAGUUGCAUGGCUAUAUGAUGAAGAAAUUCUGAUUCCUCUCA